CAGCAGUAGCAAGAUGAGCUACAGAUGGCAGCCUCUCAGCAGCUCUCCUGCACGGAGAGUGCACUCGCUCUCCUCCAGGACACUGACUCGAAACCCGGGAUUCUCAUCUGUGGAUUUCAGCUCCCACAACGGCUCUGCAUCAUCCUUCAAGCGCAGUAGCCGGUCCACCUCCCGAGGAUGCAGCCCAGCAGCUCACAGAGCCGUCAAGAGCAUGGAGCUCUGUCAUUCCAGUCUCUUCAAUGAAGACUACAAAGUGCCCAGCAUGAAUGAGAAGGAGCAGAUGCAGGGGCUCAAUGACCGCUUCGCCGGCUACAUCGACAAAGUGCGGUUCCUGGAGCAGCAGAACAAGGGCCUGGAGGCGGAAAUAGUGGAACUGAGGCAGAAACAAACUUCCCAAUCCAGUCUCGCGAGCAUCUAUGAACCAGAAAUGGCAGAUCUACGCAACUUGAUCCAAGAAACCGAAAGCCAGAAGUUACAAAUUAUGCUGGAUCACAAUCACCUGGAGGAAGAUCUGCAGCAGCUGAAGGGAAAGUAUGAGGAAGAAGCCCGGGUUCGACACGAAACCGAAAUACGAAUUCAAAAUCACAAGAAAGAGCGAGAAGACGCCCAACUGAUUAAAUCGGAGCUGGAGCGAAAAGCCCAGUCGCUUACGGAUGAAAUCGUGUUUCUCAAGAAAGGACAUGAGGAGGAGGUGGUUGACUUGCUGGCUCAGAUUCAAGCCUCGCUGGUCAGUGUUGAUAUGAGGGAGUUCGCCAAGCCUGAUCUCAGUGAAGCUCUGAGGGAGAUUCGAGCGCAAAUGGAAGGAUUCAGCAACUGCAACCCGCAACAGGCAGAGGAGUGGUACACAAACAGAGUGGCCAAGCUGAACGAGGCUGCGGAAAUCAACAACGAAGUGAUGCGCAGCACCAGGCAAGAGAUCAAUGAGUACCAUCGGCAGCUCCAGUCCAAGAGCAUAGAGCUGGAGACCGUGAGAUGCAGGAAGGAGUCUUUGGAGAAACAGCUGAACGAUUCUGAAGAGAGACAGGAUGCAGAAGUGUCUCAAUAUCAGGAUACCAUCCAACAAUUGGAAAAUGAACUAAGAAAUGCAAAGCGGGAGAUGGCUCAUCACCUGAGAGAGUACCAGGAUCUACUUAAUGUCAAAAUGGCUUUAGAUGUGGAGAUUGCCUCCUACAGGAAACUCCUUGAAGGUGAGGAGACAAGAUUUGGUUCCGCUACUUGUGACUUCACUCCUCCAUCUCAUACAUAUAAGCAGCCACAAUUCUCUACACUGUCAUCUUUCGUGCCAAUUAAGACAAAGAUGGCUCCGGAAUACAAGUUUGUGGAAGAAAUUGUAAGCGAAACAACAAAGGAGAUUGAUAUGGCGGAGCUUGAAGCUAUUUACACCAAAAUAAUGCCUGGCCUCAUCUCUGUUGAAAAGUCUGAGGACGUGCAAACAAAGGAAGAGGACAAAGAAGAGGACACAAGUGAAGCAGGAAAAGAAGCCACAACAGAAGAUGUUGAGGAAGAAGUUGAGGCUGAAUCAAAAGAAGGUGAACGUGAAGAGACAAUUGAAGAAAAAGAGGAAUCCACAGCAGAAGUGGAUGAGCAAACAAAGGAAGAAGACAAGAAAGAGGAAACAAGUGAGGCAGGAGAAGGAGCUACAAAAGAAGAUGUUGAGGAGAAAAAGGCGGCUGAAUCAAAAGAAGAUGAACAAGAAGAAAAGAGUGAAGUGAAAGAGGAAUCUGCGGCAGAGGUGGAAGAGCAAGCAAAGGAACAAGACAAGAAAGAGGACACGAGUGAGGCAGGAGAAGGGGCUACAAAAGAAGAUGUUGAAGAGGACGUUGGGGUUCAAUUAAAAGAAGAUAAACAAGAAGAAAGGAGUGAAGUGAAAGUGGAAUCCGCAGCAGAGGAGGACAAGCAAACAACAGAGGAAGUAGGCAAAAAGGACACAAGUGAAGCAGGAAAAGAAGUUACGAAAGAAGAGAUUAAGGAGAAAAAGGCUGAAUCCAAAGAGGGUGAACAAGGAGAAAGGAGUAAAGUAAAAGAGGAACCUGCAGCAGAGGGGGACAAGCAAACAAAGGAAGAAACCAAAAAGGACACAAGUGAGGCAGGAAAAGGAGCCACAAAAGAAGAUACUGAGGAGAAAAAGGGGGCUGAAUCAAAACAGGAUGAACAAGAAGAGAAGAGUGAAGUGAAAGAGAAACCUGUGGCUGAUGGGCAAGUCACUGAAUCGCAAGAGGAGGCUAAAGGCGAAAAGGAAGUUGAAAAAGAAGUGAUUAUUCAGACAGAGCAAACUGAUUCAGGAGAUGCUGCAAAGCAGGAUCAGGGUGAAGAGGUUUCGGCUGAUCAAGACAAGAAACCAGAGGAGUCAACAAAAACAAAGAGCCAAGAAGACAAACCUGAAUCUGUUAGUGAAGAAAAAGGCAAGGAAAUUACAGAUGAAAAGCAACCCGAUAAACCAGUGGAGGAACCACAAGGUGGAGAAGGAACAGGUAAAGCUACAGCAGAAGUAAAGGGAACACAAUCUGACCAACAGCCAAAGGUGGACAAAGAAGCAGUGAAAAUGGAGGAAAAGGAAGUGGAGAAAGACAAAAAGAAAGAGGAGAGCAAAGACAGUGAUGGAAAACACUGAAAUCUUCAGAGGUAAAGAAUGUUCAAAAGUCAUAGAUGUGACUGAAGCAAAGAUACGGAGUGAGGCAGUCCAUCCAUUAAAAAACAGGAUCUGAGAUCAUUACAAAUUGUGCAGCUACACAAAUGCAGAAUUCUCAAAAACGAUUUUGAAGCAACAUUUAGACGCAAGACCAAAGAAAAUGGCAGAAGGAAAAUCUUCAGCUGCUCAAACUAUAUGAUGAAAGAAGUAAGCAAAGAUAUACCAUGGAGUCAUUAAAAUAGUAAGAAAAGCCAACGCUUUAAUCAGCACUGAAAAAAGACCAUCGAUAGAACAGAUAAUUAAAAAAAAGCACGUUGAACAUCAAAAAGAUCAAAGCUACCAGAAAGUAAAUCACAGAAAUACACGGUGAAAUAGAUUGUCUUAUUUGAAUGCUACUGCCGCUUGAAUACUUGCAGAAUUAACCAUCGCUGUGGGGGUGAUUGACAAUGUUUUUGAGUUGUGUAAAACUGUUUUGCCUUGUAGAAAACAGUCCACAAGAAAAAAUACCAUUGUCCUGUUAAUUAAAUACAUGGUAAUGUAAAAAGGUGGAGUCAGAUGUUUAAGCUACUUGAACAGAUUACUGGGAGGAAAUGAAUGCAAUUAAAAUGCACUGUUAAAGAA